AUGGACCGCAUCGACCGCAUCCGCUCGCACGUGAGUCAGCCGCCUCUCCCCUCGGCUGCCUCACGUCCGAAUUCAGACGAGAACAAGGACGAGGACGUCGUCAUCGUGUCGGCCUUGCGCACGCCCAUCACCAAAGCGCGUCGAGGGGCGUUCAAAGACACGACGCCCGAUGUCUUGCUCAGUCACGUCUUCCAGGCGGUUCUGAACCAGGCAAACGUCUCUCCGCAUCUCGUAGGAGACGUCGUCGUAGGGAACGUUUUGCAGCCAGGAGCAGGUGCAGCGAUGGCUCGGAUGGCCCAAUUAGCGGCCGGGAUGCCGUACACUGUACCACUCCAUGUCCUGAAUCGCCAGUGCAGUUCAGGGCUCCAAGCGGUGGCUACAGUCGUCGCUGCUAUUAAAGCCAAUUACUAUGACAUUGGCAUUGCUGCAGGGGUCGAGUGCAUGUCACUAGCUGGCAAGAGUGACGCCAAAGACGUCUUUGCAGCAAGCAUCAAUUGGACCCAUGUUGGGGCUGUACAGGAUGCGAUGGACUGCACGGUGCCCAUGGGCAUGACGAGCGAGAACGUGGCCGAAACGUACGGUAUCACGCGCGCUCAACAGGACGAGCUUGCUGCUCUGUCGCACGCUAAAGCAGCAUUGGCGCAGGCUAAUGGCUGGUUUGACAAUGAGAUCACGUCCGUGACGACGAGUGUCAAGGACAAGGACGGCCAGGACCAGCCGAUUGUUGUGUCGCAGGACGAUGGCGUUCGUGCCGAUACGACGAGAGAAAAUCUGGCGAAGCUCCGUCCAGUGUUCAAGGAAGGAGGGUCCACGACCGCCGGCAAUUCGAGCCAAGUGAGCGACGGUGCUGCUGCCGUGCUUCUUGUACGUCGCUCGGUGGCCAAGAAAAUGGGGCUGCCGAUCCUUGGUCGCUUUGUCUCGUACGCUGUGGCAGGUGUGCCGCCUGCUUUAAUGGGCAUUGGACCGGCUGUUGCUAUUCCAGAAGCUCUGCAGAAGGCGGGCUUGACGCAAGACGAGAUCGAUGUCUUUGAGAUCAAUGAAGCGUUUGCGAGCCAGACGGCCUACUGCAUUGAGAAACUUGGCAUUCCGAUCGACAAAGUGAAUCCCAAGGGGGGCGCGAUUGCGCUUGGUCACCCUCUGGGCUGCACUGGCGCCCGCCAGGUCUCGACGCUACUGUAUGAGCUCAAGCGGAAGAAUCAGCGCUACGGAGUCAUCUCCAUGUGUAUCGGCACGGGUAUGGGUGCUGCUGCGGUCUUUGAGCGCGAGGUGUAG